AUCCGAAGGGAACCGACCCUGAACUGGAGAGCAAGCUGCAAGAGUUGAUUGCUCAGGUCAAGGCCGGUGUUGCUCGCGCAGCUAGCGCUGCUACUUGAGACAUGGGACGUUGAUGGAUGGUUUGGUCCGAGGUGGCCUGGUUAUGAAUUACGAUAUAACGAGGUAGUUAGUAUAACAGUAUGGAUAUGGCGAUAGGACAUUGGCCCGGUUGGGCAUGGAGUUUAACUAAUGAAAGUGUGCAUUAUUUACGUUGUCUCUCCCUUCUCAGUUCAUCGAGUUCUUGCUCUAGUUAUUCCCUCCCAGGGAAGGGAGAUGGGCUGAGACACCGAAUCAAAUCACAUGAUGCGCAACCUCCAUCUCCCUUGGGGCUGGUUGCAUCGUACCCCUGCCAGUCAGCUUGGAGAGCCGGUCCGGAAGCUGAGCUGACGCUGAUCCCGCCGGGAGGACCCAAUGUAAUGCGCCACUCCCGCCCGGGGCGCCGACUUCUCGCCCUCACUCGAAAUACGGCGUCCAGACAACCACACGACAUGGUGUGUAUGGCGCGCCCGUCCAUUUUUCUCGCACAAGAGUGGCUGGCACAGUUCCCCAAAGUUCGUGCACAUCGCUCGGCUCGUGUCACCUGUGUGGACAUCAAGGCAGAGACGAGUGCAUCUCCUCAGUCCCAGUACUUGGCAUUACGGGAAGCUUACACGCCGAGCCAUUUACAGAUAGGAAGCCGGUGGCAACGGACAGACACGGCCCAAUGGUGCCACGAGAAUGCGUCCGGGAUAACAAGAUCGUGGUUUCCCUCGGAAACCUCCUAAGCGAGCUUGAUGUUGUGUAAACCAGAACCGGCCAGUCCCCGCCCGCAAGCAAGCAAUAUGUCAGCAUACGCCGGCAAGCUGUUGGCGCAGUCGUGUAAGCCGUAAUUGCGCUGGUUGCUGGGACGGGCCGAGCCCCAGGGACAGAAUUGGUCGCGUUGGCCGGUGAGGUUGAGAGUCAAUCUCGACACGUCUCUGAGAUACGUGCCGGUUGUGUUGGCCAUGUGUCGCCGGUGAUGUGCGAUUAUCUACGGGGACCAAGGCGG